AUGAGCGAUGCUUCGCAAGACCGUGAUGCCGUGAUGGUUCAGCUAUUUCCGAGGCAAUACCAGCACACUGUCCAGCUCUUUUUCGUGCAGCAGGUGGCGCUGGAGCUCUCCAAGCAGCUGGAUGUGGCAGGCGAUGCUGCGUCCAGGCAGUUUGCUUCAGUCACGAAUUCGGUCUCCGAUAAGGACGCCGACCAGUGCAAGCUUUGGUCUGCUAAAGAUGCUUUGACAGCCCGUGCCAGGGAUGUCAAGGCUGAGCACAAGCGCAAGAGCUGGGGCUCUGCCUCCACCCGGUCGGGCUCAUCGCAGGAUGGCCUGGAAGAGUGCGGCGAGCAUCCACAGACUCUGGACCUGUUCGACCCCUCAGAAGAUGUGUUGCUCAAUCUCUUGCCGUACCUUUCUGUGGAUGACCUCAUGGAGUGGCGAGUGACUUCCUGCCAGACCAGAAGUCCCAGAGUCUUGAUACAGCACCUGUCCGAAAUGGGCAGGUUGGACAGGCCCGAGUCAAUUCUGGAUUUUUCGGCAAAAUGGAAAGCUGCCGGCGGCGCUGAUUUCGAUGCAGAGCUUGCAAAGGAUGUCAGGCAACAGAAGUUCUUCGAAUGCCGCUGGUGGUGCAUGACGCUGGCAUGCAUGGACAGAAGCCAUUUUCCAGAAGCUGAUGUCCACGAUAUCGUCAGCGCAAUUCUUCGAGAUCUGUUUGUGCAUUGCUGCGACACGGAUAAACCUGUGAGCAACGCCGCGCACUAUCUUGUGGCGAACUAUGGGCUUGGUUGCCUGCCUUUUGUGCGGCAGCUGAUUGCCGAAACCAUGCUUGGCCGAAUGGAAGACCUGCUGCCAGAGUCCGCCGAAAUCAGCAUAGAGGCCUUGAUCCAGGCAAUGCUAUGCACAAGGCAUCUUACUAACGUUGUGCGUGAACUGACGAAGUCUCAGCGUCAGAAGUGGGUGUCGCUGCUGGUCAGAGCCCUCCGUCAAGAGUCAUUCCAGAACCGAUUCUCGGAGACAUCGAUUUCCGAUUUGAUUGCUGAUUUGAAGAUCCUAUGGCGAGCUGAUGACGAUCCCAGACGAAGCUAUGCAGAAGCAGACCAGCAACUGAGAGCUGUCUCAUUCUCAGAGAACACCAGCACAAAAUUGCGGCAACUGAUUUCAAAUCUCCGCAGGUGCUGA